AUGCAAUCAUUACAUAAUAAGGUUGAAUAUUAUCUUGCUUACGAAUUUGACAAAGUAACUUAUAUGUUAACGUAUAUUCAUUGGACUGCAGAUGUUAGAGAAGAUAGUGCAGGGAAGUAUUCUACAGAAUCACAUACAGGAAAGUUCUUUGCUUCAAAAAUUUCUGCAAUUAUAGAAAAAAUUGGAGUGGAAAAGUAUAGUCAUAUUUGGGAUUUAAGAUGUAUAGCUCAUACUAUUAAUUUAAUGGCAGACGAUCUUGUAAAACUUGAUAAUAUUAAAGAUCUUAUUUUAGAUCGUGGAAAAAUUACAAGAUUUUUUAAUAAUUCACAUCAAGCUUCUGCAAUUCUAUUCCAAGCUUUAGGUGUUAAUGAUGAUGGAUUCAGAAAUGCUGCAAUUGCUGCUACAACUCUUUGGCAGAACUUAGGUUAUCCUGAAAUCCUGAAGAAUAAUGCAGAAAACUUCUCAGUCAAUUUAGGUGGUUUGAUCAAAAAUUGAAAUGGGUAUAGAUACACUUGAACUUUGGUGGGGUUCUAUAAGUUUUAAAAAAUAAGGAUU